AUGCUUAAUAACUUGAGAGAUAGUUAGUAAAACAAGUAGGUUUUAGUAAUUAUUUAGUUACUAAAGUUAACUCGAAAAUUCAUUAAGCAAUUAAGUUUAAUAAGCCUUCUAAUCAACUGUUUAGUUUCGAGUAAUCUCUUUUCUGCUUUAUUUCUUGAUGGUAUUGAUUGUGAUAACUUUGCUUAUUUCUAUUGUUGUUGCCAAUAAAUAUAGACAAUCCUAAUAAUUGCUUUUAGUGGGAAUUUUGAUGAUUCCAUUGUUAAUUGUUCUCUUUGGAUGUACAUUGUACGUCCAACUUUAAUUUUCUGAUGCAAAGGAAAGAUUGAAAAAAGUACCCCAAGAGAAGUAGUUGAAUAGAUGGAUGUACCAAUCAUCAAUCACUUUUUUCUUUUUCUAUACGAACUAAUCUUAGUUUACUGCGAUAAGAUUGACUUACUUAUAUAUUGUGUUUGCUAUCUUUAUACUCAUUCGCAACGUGUCACUUUUAUCAAAAGAUGAAUACAGUGACGAUGAGGAUUAUAAGGAUCUAGAUGAAACUAAUAACAAUGAUAGAAUUAAUUACUAAACUAAACCAGAAAUUAGAGGAAACUUGUUACUCUCUUUAAUUAUCUUCUGUUCAGUUUUGGCUUUCCUUUUCUUUAUUUACGAAGCCUUGAAAAUCGUAUUGACAAUCUAUUUGAAAUGCAGAAAUCGUUCAGUACUUCAAUAUUAAUACACUGAUGUCAAUCUAAGUAAUUUUCAAUUUAAUCAAUUGAUAUUUUUAGAGUUAUCAGAUGGAGCAAAGCAUUUUGUGGACUCUUUCUUGUGAACCAUAUUGGGAAAAUGAUGAUCUUGUGCACUAUAUUUAUUACUCCCAAUUCUUCCUCAUAUGUCCUUAUCGGAUCUAAUAUUUAUUACCAUUUCUUUAUGGCAACUCUAGUAAAUGCCUUAUUCAAUGAGAUCUCUUCAAGUAUACAAUAUUGCCCAUCAUUUAUUUAGUCCAAAGACCUCCUCAGAAUGACAGUUCUCUAUUCAUCAACCAUCAAGUGCUAAUAGAUUCAAAAUUAAGAAGUAUGCAAACCAAGAAAGCAUUUUAACUGUUAUUAAUUACAUCCUUCAUUUUUACAAUAGUGGGUACCUGCAUGUUUAGAAUAUAAAUCGAUACAUUUAAUGGAAUCCUCAAUUUUGACAUUUUCAUACUUUAUGAUUGUUCCAUAGUUUAAUUAAUAUUGUUAGGUUUGGCCAUUAUGAAAUACUUGGUCAUUCCCUAAUUUAAUAGGGAAAAUGUCCGNGUAUAUCACACACAUAUAUAUAUAUAUAAGUUCCUGUUUAUAAAUAGAGCAAAACUCUUAAUUAAUUAUUUCACAAUCUUGUAAUUUAAUUACUAAAAAAUAAAAUGCUUAAUAACUUGAGAGAUAGUUAGUAAAACAAGUAGGUUUUAGUAAUUAUUUAGUUACUAAAGUUAACUCGAAAAUUCAUUAAGCAAUUAAGUUUAAUAAGCCUUCUAAUCAACUGUUUAGUUUCGAGUAAUCUCUUUUCUGCUUUAUUUCUUGAUGGUAUUGAUUGUGAUAACUUUGCUUAUUUCUAUUGUUGUUGCCAAUAAAUAUAGACAAUCCUAAUAAUUGCUUUUAGUGGGAAUUUUGAUGAUUCCAUUGUUAAUUGUUCUCUUUGGAUGUACAUUGUACGUCCAACUUUAAUUUUCUGAUGCAAAGGAAAGAUUGAAAAAAGUACCCCAAGAGAAGUAGUUGAAUAGAUGGAUGUACCAAUCAUCAAUCACUUUUUUCUUUUUCUAUACGAACUAAUCUUAGUUUACUGCGAUAAGAUUGACUUACUUAUAUAUUGUGUUUGCUAUCUUUAUACUCAUUCGCAACGUGUCACUUUUAUCAAAAGAUGAAUACAGUGACGAUGAGGAUUAUAAGGAUCUAGAUGAAACUAAUAACAAUGAUAGAAUUAAUUACUAAACUAAACCAGAAAUUAGAGGAAACUUGUUACUCUCUUUAAUUAUCUUCUGUUCAGUUUUGGCUUUCCUUUUCUUUAUUUACGAAGCCUUGAAAAUCGUAUUGACAAUCUAUUUGAAAUGCAGAAAUCGUUCAGUACUUCAAUAUUAAUACACUGAUGUCAAUCUAAGUAAUUUUCAAUUUAAUCAAUUGAUAUUUUUAGAGUUAUCAGAUGGAGCAAAGCAUUUUGUGGACUCUUUCUUGUGAACCAUAUUGGGAAAAUGAUGAUCUUGUGCACUAUAUUUAUUACUCCCAAUUCUUCCUCAUAUGUCCUUAUCGGAUCUAAUAUUUAUUACCAUUUCUUUAUGGCAACUCUAGUAAAUGCCUUAUUCAAUGAGAUCUCUUCAAGUAUACAAUAUUGCCCAUCAUUUAUUUAGUCCAAAGACCUCCUCAGAAUGACAGUUCUCUAUUCAUCAACCAUCAAGUGCUAAUAGAUUCAAAAUUAAGAAGUAUGCAAACCAAGAAAGCAUUUUAACUGUUAUUAAUUACAUCCUUCAUUUUUACAAUAGUGGGUACCUGCAUGUUUAGAAUAUAAAUCGAUACAUUUAAUGGAAUCCUCAAUUUUGACAUUUUCAUACUUUAUGAUUGUUCCAUAGUUUAAUUAAUAUUGUUAGGUUUGGCCAUUAUGAAAUACUUGGUCAUUCCCUAAUUUAAUAGGGAAAAUGUCCGUAUUGUACAGUAGCAACAGGCAUAGGCUAUUGAAGAUCAGUAAUUGCAAACGAUUGAGAAUUAACAAGUACGAUUGUCCACAGAGUAGGCAUAAUUGGACAUGAUUCUUAGAUCGUAGAAUGAUGAGAUCUAUGAGAAUACUAGAAAUAGGCCUCCAUUCAAGAAAGUGAAAAAUCUUGAUUUCGUAAUUUAAAAUGAAAAUGAGAAAUGCGAUUGCAUCAUUUGUUUGCAACCAAUGGUACUUAGUUCAGAUGAUCCUCUACUAUAAUUAAAUUGUCAUAGCACUCACAUCUUUCACAAGAAAUGUAUUACAGAUUGGCUUGUCUAAAAUAAAAAAUGUCCAUUAUGUAAUACUCAAAUUUUAUGA